GGCGCGGACAAGUAAAACGGGUGCGCGCACGACGCACGGACGUGUGACGCCGCAUGCGAAAAGUGCAGUGCUAAAAUUGUGACUUUGCUGAAACUGUAUCGUACGUCGAGGGGUUGUGGCGGUACACUGACACCAGAAAAUACUGACUUCUUUCGUGUCAGAAAAUAUCAGGAAGUCGGUGAAAGGAUCAAAUUUCAAGACUGACGUUGACUGAAUGUUCACACUCCAAUAUUGAUAAGGAACAUGGAGUACUCAAGCACUAUUUUCCUCGCCUUGGCUCUGCUGGUAAUGAUCUGCCACGUCCACAGCGCUCCGAACUCCAGAAGAUCCCGCGCAGCCGCCUUCGCCGAAGAAACGACCAAACGCCAGAGCAAACUUGAAGACGACUUCAAAGAAGAAAUCACUACAUUACCACCAGCACCGUCAAACAGAAAAAACAAAGCUCUCAAUCUAUUCGGAUACUUCCCUUCUUUCCUCUCCUCAGGGUUAGAUUACGCCGAAGAUGACGACGAUGACGUAACUUUUGCAGUGAAUGACGAUAACUUUGAUGAAGAAGACCUCUCACGCACACUCCCGUCCAGGCGUAGACAACAAACUAAAAAGAAAAAUGGCGGCAGUUUCGCCAACGACAAUAUAAAUUCUUUGCAGUACGAUAAUUCGCCAAUUUUCUAUAUCAGAUUACCACCCACCCCUUAUAUGUUCGUGCCAGGCCUAGGGUACGUUUCGCAGCCUCCGAGCAUCGGCCCACCAAUGCCACCUAUGCUGCCUCCAGCCGCUGACCCGUUCAUCAACUUGCCAUUGGAUUUCGUUUCAAAUGGGAAACCUACGGGCGUGUACCAAUGGAAUGGCGGAGCUGGUUACCAACAAGUUCCCCAGAUGCCUCCAGUUGAUUUCGGUUACGGAGGUCCUCAACCCAUGAUGCCGUCUCCACCUCGACCAAACUACAAUGCUCCUUCAUAUUCGAAGCCGAAACCGAAACCAGCGCCCUCUAAUUCGAAAGUGACCAACCUCAAAGGCACGUAUGUUUUCAACGGGAAACCUAACGAUAGUGUUUACGUCUUGAGAGACACGUACAACUCGAUAUAUUCCGAUGCUCUUCAAAAUUUCUACCCCUAAAACUUAGUGCGCUUUUAAAUAGAAAUCGAAUAAAUGGCUCGUAUCGAGCUUUUGACUCUAAGGAUUUUAGAAGAAAUGCUGUCAAGGGACCAAUUGAUUCUUGCCCAAUGCUCGCUCAUAAUUAUUGUAUUGUUUGGGGUUAUAGCAAUAUUGUAAAAAGCGUAAGGAAUAAACGAUGUUGUGUUUAGCACCGCCGAUCUUUGAUACGAUAUAGACGAUCGAAUUUAUUUUUGAUAGUAAGUACUGAAAUAAUUCCUUACCGCUAUAAAUCUUUGUAACAUAGCCUUAUACCUAUAUGAUACGCCUUUUAGUUUAAAACGAAUUAAUGUUUUCCUUAAAAUAUUGUAUGUUAAUCGUAUGAUUCGUAGAAGAUGCAAGAUAUCUUCCUUUGAAAAAAAAAUGUGAUGAAGUAGUUAAUAUUUUACUUUUUUACUCUUUGCUGUUAAUCACUCGAAUGCCUUAGAUAGAUUUAAGAUUAUUCUUGGAAUUUUAGAAAUAAGUAGGCGCAGUGAUUAUUUUCAUUACUUAGGAAUUUUAUAAUUAUCUUCAGUCAAUAACGCCUCCAGUAUAAUGUAAUAAAUUAUUAAUAUUUAUUCUAAUUAUUAAUUUAUUGUAACUUAAUUUAAGCUUUAUUACCUAGGUACAAAAUGAUGUGUAUAAAUAUAACGAUGUUUCCGUCCAGACAAUAAUAAAUAAAAAAUAUGUAAUGUUAGGAACAUUUUAAUUAGGUAGCACAUAAUCCUCCCACUUCAAUGUGGAAGUAUUUAUGUAAAUAACUUAUUAAUUGAUAUCCUAGUUAUUAAUUGUCCAUUAAUAAUUAAACAAACUACUUACUAUCAAACAAACAUUAUUAAGCAGAGCAGUUUUCUUUUUAUUCGCAAUCUUUGUGCAAUAUAGUGACUUAAUAACAUCUACUCUAAUGAAACAACUUCUGGCUGGCACUUUUGUGAUUGCCUAGUCACAGCACAGACUCUGCAAUACUUCCAGUAGAUAACAGCAAUCUUACUUAUUGAUUAUGAGAUCGAUGUAAUUUAGAAAAAAAUAUUUUCUUACUUACUAUAAGUACUUACCUUCAUGGAUAUGAUAUUUUGUGAGAUGGCAACUAUCUUACACUGCAAUACCUAUUUAGGGACCGUCCACUAAUCACGUGAUGUUUUUUUUUAACAUUUUUAACACCCCCAUCUUUAGUGAUAGGUACGUGGUGGUGAUAAGAUUUAAGACUAAAUUAUUACGUGAAUUCUUAUAUAUGACAAGAUGUUCAAGAUGGACUUCGCUGUCGUGGGAAUUUCGAGAUAAAAUUAACCACCUCAAUCAAACAUACAAACUCACAAAGUCACAAACAAUUUCAUAUCUGACUACAUCCCCUGUGAUAUUUCGUUUUUGCUGAAACCCCUUCCCCCGUUUCAAGCCUCAUGUGAUUAAUGGACGAAAUUUUAAUUAAAUAGUAAAAUAUUUUCCUUUAUAUUUAUAUACGCAAACUAUGUAGCUAAGUCAAGCUAAGCACUUAGGUAAGAAAAUUACAGUUUACAUCCUAUGAUAAAUCAUCAAUUGUCUGUAUUUUUUCGUCUCUUUAUUGUAUCUUGUAAGUAGACAUUUUUAACUUUUAUAAGUACCUACCUAUA